AUGGCUUCAAGUGUGUUGUUGAGUGAACAAAAGCACGAGGAGAGGAAAGAAGGAGAACUUGUGUUUCCAUGUGAGCUUGGAAAUGAGGUUGAGUUGCCCAAAAACUGUGUAUGGUCUAAGGAGUACUUGGUACAAGCCCAAGGUCAGUUAGAAGCACCAAUUGUAGACUUGGGAGGAGUCCUCCGUGGGGAACAAGAAGCCAUCGAUCGAGCUGUUGAACAAAUCAGGGAGGCUUGCUUAGUGCACGGCUUCUUUGUAGUGAUCAAUCAUGGAGUUGAUGAUGAUUUGAUCAAGAAGGCUUAUGAGCGUACAGAUGCUUACUUUAAGCAACCGAUUGAUGCAAAACUAAAGGCCUAUAAACCUAAGGGUUCCUUAUCAGGCUAUUCUGGUGCUCAUUCUGAACGUUUUUCUUCUAACCUAACUUGGAAGGAGACCCUCACUUUCCUGCUACCUCAUGAUAAUCCACAACCUGCUGUUAGAGACUACUUUGUCUCCACUUUAGGCCAAGACUUUUAUGAAACUGGGGAUGUCUUCCAAAAGUACUGUGAAGCAAUGAAGGAGUUAGGAAUGAAGAUGAUGGAUUUGCUAUCAAUAAGCUUAGGGUUAGAUCAGAUGUAUCUGAGGGACUUUUUCUCAGAUGGAUGCUCCUUGAUGAGAUGCAACUACUACCCUUUUUGCCAAGCUCCUGCUGAAGUCCUAGGCACAGGACCACAUCGUGACCCAACCUCACUCACUAUACUUCACCAAGAUCAUGUUGGAGGACUCGAAGUUUUCUCAGGCGACAAAUGGUUUACUAUUGAACCUCUUCCUAAUUCCUUUGUCAUCAACAUUGGUGAUACCUUCAUGGCAUUAACAAAUGGGAGGUACAAGAGCAGUCGACACAGGGCUGUAGUGAACAACCAGUGUGAUAGGAGGUCCUUGGCAUUCUUUAUGAACCCUAAAGGAGAUAAGGUGGUUCAACCUCCUUCAAAUAUUUUGAGCUUAGAUGGGACAAGGAAUUAUCCUAACUUCACUUGGUCUGAAUUAGCCCAUUUUACACAGUGGCACUACAGAGCUGACGAAUUUACCUUUCCAAACUUUCUCAAGUUUCGUUCCGCCAAGUCUCAAUCUGUUUCUACUUAA